AUGGGAGACGAACGAGAGCUUUACAGCGAAGAAGAAGAAGUUUUCUCAGUUAAAGGCAAGGAUGCGUCUGCUGUUCGGAGGUGGAGUCGCACCAAAAAGGGUCUCCGGAAUGUAAACCCGGGCUCGGGUCUCAGUCUUGUCCAGAAGGAGAUGGACGAGAGAAGUUCCUUGUUGGACAACCAGCAGCAACAGAACCCGGACCUUCUGUCUCCAAACCUGAGACCAAGACACCCAAAUCUCAUCCCCACACCAUGUGGACCGAUAAAGUCCUGGUCGGAGCUGUCGGUUCUGGUGAGGCUCUACUUCUGCUUCACCAUCGCGUCUCUGCUGGCGCUGCUGGGCGUCACCUCCUCUAGCAUCUACAAGCAGCACAUGAACACAGAUGUUUCGGAUGAGGACAACUUCACCGUGUCUCUCAUUCAGCUGAUCGGAAUAUGGUUCUGCAUCUACUACAUCAGCCGUGGCGUUCUGCAGGAGAACAGGCAGGAGCUGGUGGCUUUCGUGCUCAGCGUGCUGGGGGUCAUGAUCCGAUCCGUGGUCAACUUCUCAGUGGUGGGGUCAAAGGGCAAGCAGGAGCUGCUGGCUCGCUUUGUGUGCACCGUGUGCCUGGGCGUCGUGCACGUCUUUUGCACCACGCUUCUCAUCUGGAGGCCCAACAUGAUGGCAUUCCGUGUCAGCGGGGCCCUGGAGAGCUUGCAGGAGCAGUACUUCCUCCUAAACCUGUGCUUCUCCAUGGUGACCUUUGACCUGCAGACUCAGUUGUGUCUGUGCGUCCUGUUCACGACGUCGGACUCCUUCAUGCUGGCCGAUAAAACCGUCAUCCUGGCCGUCGGAGUGGUGGGGGUGAUCUGGGCCCUUCUGACCGCUGCCGUCGGCGCCGUGGCGGUGUUAAAGGAAGCCACGGUUCUGGUCUGGAUCUUCAUGGUGCAGAACCUUCCCCAAGUUGCCUUCUUUGUUUAUCUGAUGUACACGGUGGUGGAGAACUGGUUCCAGAACAAAACCUACACCCUGGAGGCAGCCGCCGUCACCGGGGCUUUGUUUUCUUUGGUCAUCAAAGCGGUUUUAUUGUGGGGCCUCGUCCGACUCGUACACAGCUUUGGACAGGGCCUGAGAGAGAGAAUGUUUGCAUCCAGACCCUGAGGGCUCACCAUCACGGAUCGGUUUCAAGUCUGUUUUAUACUUCGGUGUCAACUCUGCCAACGUAUUAGCAACUUUUUGUCUCUGCUGAUUGUUUUUCUUUUGGCUUCAUCAGUUUGCAAAUCACCUUUUGUUUUUUUCUACACUGAAACCAGAGGUUUCCAUACUUUUGCACAUUCUCAGCUACUUUGUCCUUCCGCAGCAGCUUUUGUAAAACAAGUCAGUAAUACUUAUGUAAUAUGCUGCUAAUAUAUUUUUGUAAAGUCUAUGGAGUAACAUUUAUGUGGCUCAUUUUCAGAUUUCCUAACUGCACCUUAAUGUUUUUUUAUAAUCAAAGUUCUUAAUAAAAUAUGGAAAAAAAACAUGUU